GCAAUAUAAAAUGGUUUUGUCUGCAAAUUUACAGGAUAUUCAUAAACUGUCCACUUUGGAUUUAAGGCUUUGAAGCAGAGAGUAAAUUAAAUUAAAGGUGUCUGAGAAAAUGGGUUCUCUAAUGGCCGGAUGGGACUCCCCUGUUCUGGAUUCCAAAUCAGCUGCAUGCAUGAGGAAUCGGUCAUUCACCAAAGAGGAAAUUGAAGCUUACUGGAAAUCAAAGCAGAAAACGAUCGAAGAACAUCUGAAAGAAAUUUCUUCACCCAGAUCAGAUGUGAACCAACAGGAAGACGUGGUUAUGGAAACUGGAAAACGGUUUCAGAGAUCAAGCUCCUUGCCUCUAAACAAUACAAAACAGGUUAUCAAGGAGGAAGAUGAUGAUGGUGAAACAAGCUUUGCUGCUCUCGUUAACAAAAAUGGCUGGUGGACGAGGAGCAGCUGGGCAUUUCUGAAUGAGCCUCCAUUGCCAGAAGUUGCAUCCAACUCUUAUGUGCCGCAGUUUAAUGUGGUCAGAGUGGCAUCUUCCAAGGGAUAAACCACUUCUACUUAAUUUUAGUACCUCCGAUCAAUCCCCAAAAAGGAAAAAAAAAAAAAAGUAUUGUUUAAUUUUUCGCCCUUGUACAGAGAGAGUGUAGCUUUGAUUACUACUUCCUUUUUCUUUUUUUCUUUUUGUUUUUUGUUUUUUCCCUUGAUUGUUAUGUACUAGUGCUUGUUGAUCUGUUUUGGUGCGUCGAUUGAUAAGCAACUUCUGUUUGUAACUUAUGACCCAAAAAAAACUUUUGUUUCUAA